AUUUAUUUACUUAUGUCAUUUUCUUUUUUGUGGUCAGAUAUUUAUUUAAGUUAGCUUGAAAUGAUAUUGGCUUUGAUAAAAACCAAGAACCACUGUAAAACCCUAGACAGCGUGGGAGAAAGACAGCCAUGAUCAGAGUACUGAGAAAUGCUUCUCUCUACGCGCGAUGCCUCGUCCGCCCUCCGACCUCCAAGCCCGCCCUGAACCCCUCGCCCUCCUCGUUCUCCGUGUGGGCUCGGCCUCUACCACGCAGGUUAUACUCGUCCGGCGAAGCCCCCAAAACCGCCGCUUCGGAGACGGGUUUGGCCCCAGCGGAGGCGAAGGAGGUGGCGGUCGAUGCUGCGUCUGAGAAGAAAGAGGUCUCUCUCGAUGUCAAAGACGUCAGCAAUAAAGAGCUAAAGAUGAUGAUAGACAAGUACUUCGGAGGAGACGAAGAGGCCCUGCAGUCCAUCCUGGAAGGAAUCUUGCGGAGGAAGUUGGUAGGGAAGCACGAGGAGACAGAUGACGAGGUGAUGGAAGAAAUCCGGAUGCAGCCCAUCGAUGGUGUUAAGGACACUGAGUUUGAAUCCGAUUUUGAAGAUAUGCACGAUACAGAUGAGGAAAUUGACAACUUGUACGAUGCGGGAGAGAUUGUAAAGAAGAAAAUGGUGCAAGAUGAGUACUUCAAUAUGUCCGACAUGAAGUGGGACGAGAUUAUUGCUGAGGCGAUCAGGCAUCGUCACUUGGAGAACACCAAGGAGUGUGAGCAGGUUUUAGAGGACAUGCUUUCUUGGGAUAAGCUUCUUCCAGAUGAGAUGAAGAAAGAAGUAGAAGAAAAGUACAGUGAGUUGGGAGAUAUGUGUGAGAGAGGCGAGCUUCAACCUAAAGAAGCCUUCGAACAAUUUAAGAAGUUUGAAGAUGAGAUGGUGAUGAAAUAUGCCAAGAUGAUGGAAAAGGAAGCCCCACAAUUUGAUGAGAUUGCUGUACCUGAUAAGAAAAAAGAAUUAGAUGACCCACCAGGUGAGGGACCAAUACUUCGUUGGCAAACCCGUGUAGUGUUUGCUCCCGGUGGCGAUGCGUGGCAUCCGAAGAAUAGGAAAGUGAAAAUGGCUGUGACUGUUAAAGAGCUUGGGCUUUCAAAGUAUCAAUUUCGGCGGCUUAGAGAACUUGUUGGAAAGCGGUAUAAUCCAGGGAAAGACGAGCUCACGAUCACCAGUGAAAGGUUUGAGCAUAGAGAAGAAAAUAGAAAGGAUUGCCUUCGGACUUUGUUAUCCCUCAUUGAGGAGGCCGGUAAAGCCAAUAAACUGGUGGAUGACGCCCGAGCUUCAUAUGUCAAGAACAGACUAAGAGCAAACCCCGCCUUCAUGGAAAGGCUACGUGCCAAGACAGAAAAGAUGAGGGCUUCAAGUGCUGUACCAGCGUGAUAUUUUGUUCCACAUUGGCUAUUUUGACCUACUUUAAAUAUUCGUUGGUCAAUGAAAUUCAUUGAAAAGAA